CAACUUAGCAGAAGUUCUUGGAAAAUCGAUCUCGAAUAAUUAACUUUGUUCUUCUACCGUUUAAUAAAUAUGACUGGGUCGGGUUCGCCUUGCGGUGCCUGCAAAUUCUUGAGGAGAAAAUGCGUGAAGGGGUGUGUUUUUGCACCAUAUUUCUGCCAUGAACAAGGAGCUUCACAUUUUGCAGCAAUUCAUAAGGUUUUUGGGGCUAGCAAUGUGGCCAAACUUCUUGCUCAUCUCCCUGUUAGUGAUCGCUGUGAAGCUGCUGUCACCAUCUCCUAUGAAGCUCAGGCUAGGCUUCAAGAUCCCAUCUAUGGCUGCGUUUCCCAUAUCUUUGCUCUCCAACAACAGGUGGUAGACUUGCAAGAACAGCUGAUUUCUCUAAAGAAACUAGCAGCUAAUAAUCAGAGCAAUAACUUGAACGAUUCCAUGGCUUCUGCAAACCCUAAUGAUAGAUCCAAUAACGGAACACCUUGUUACCCAUCAUCCCUGCAAGACGUUCACAACUGGUUUCACUACUCAUCACAAAACCCCACCGCCGCCGCCGUCUGCGGCGGCGCCAUGGCCGCCGCCGCCGCAGAGUUUUACCCAGCUGCAAGCUCAAACGCCUGCAGCAAUGGCGGAAACCUGCACCCUGCGGCAAUUUAUUACUCUAAUAUCAACGAAAACCCUAUAUAUAUGGGGAGUAAUAAUAUUGGCAACAAUUAUAGCUACGCAGAUGCUUCUUCUUCGUCGAUGGAUGAUCUUCAGUCUGCAGCGUUGAGAUUCCUUCAUCAUUGAUGAUUCUUGAUCGAGCUUCAGAGGGAUAUGAUAUAGAUACACACACAGAAUUAGGGAUUUCAUCAGUUUUUCAAGAAAUACAUCUUUGAUAGAUAUGAUGUGAUGAAGAAUUGAAAUUUUGUAUUGUUGCAGUAAUCUGCAGACUUUAGAAUGGAAGGAUGAUGAUGACAUGGAUUAAUUUCUAUAUGUUUUGCCACAAAU